AAAUUGUUUAGUUGUUCAUAAAGCAUCAAUAUUUUGAAAACAUGUUAAUAGAGUUUUUAAGGCUAGAAUAAUUUAUUGAGAAAAUCCACAUUUAAAUAAACUUUCAAAGAAAUUGGAGUGCCCGUUAUGACAAACAUGAAUGAGAAUGGAGAUACCUCCCAGACACAUUUUCUUUGGAACAUGCAGUCAAAAGUUGCAAGAAAACGGAUUUUAAAUCCAUUUAAAAAAGAAUAUCUUCGUAAAGUGUCUAAAGUAUUUGCUACAAAUAGUCUAGAACAUGCUUCAAAUAAUCAUAGGGAACUGAUCCAAUCAGACGAGACACGCAAAAGUUUACUGCUUCAGAGUUCUUAUGCAAAGCAAAACAAAGCUCGAAAUAUUAUUUCAUUAGACGAUUUCCUUAAGUAUUUAUCGAUAGCUUACAUAGGUUCAAACUCGCUGAAUCAUCAUAUUAAUUGGCAGGAUGAGCGGUAUUGUGAACUUUUCUCAAAUCUGAUUGAUGUGGAUAUUGAUUCUAUGUUACCAAUAUUGACUGAAAUUCCAUCCAUUGAUGGGGAACUAUGUAAAAGAGAUUACAAUGCUGGUGAUAGCUUUCAAAAUAUUUUUUUACAGACACCUAGUCCCGAAAUGGCGGAGCCAUCUGCCAAAGAUUAUGAUAAUAAGUCGUUCUCCAUCAAGGUGGAGUUGACAUUGAAGAGCAGCAAGAGUUCAUUGAAUGCAGCUGAAAAAUGCGAGGUGGUGGAACCAGAGUAUGAAGCGGUUCAGACAAACAAAAGUGAUUCUAUCAAUUCUAAUUUGAAACUUGGACGUACAACCUUGGAAAAAAAUAGAGUGGAAAGUAAAAAUUUAUCAGAAUCUCGCACGAGACGGAUUGGUAGAAUAAAUACAAUGAGGAGUGAUAAUGUUAUUGAAAAAAACCAACAAGUAAACACGAUUGUCAGUCAUUUAUCCGACAGUGAGUUGAAUAAGAAACAAGGAAUGAAUAAUAUCCCCCUUGUAAAAAGCAAUCAACAGCCAAAAGAAAUUCUGACUGGCAUUAAAAAAGUUAGUGGAAGUGGUGUAAGAGUGAAAAAACGUAAUUUAGCUAUUGAAAAAGGGAAGAAAAUGUCAUUAACUCCUCCAAUUGCAUCAUUUGAUGAUGACAUUGAAAUUAACGUUUACAACAACAAAAAAGUUCUAAAAAAAUACAAAUUCUCAUCAAAUUUAUUGAUUUCCAAAAGUGGAUACUUUACUCAAGUAUCAAGUACUAAGAAUCUGAACGAUUUCAAAAUAACCGUCUAUUCUGAUCAUGAUAUUUUCAAAUGGAUUUUGUUAUGGAUAAAAUUUGAAUCAUCGAAGUUGAAAAGUGCCAAGCCAGAAUUGAAUUGUUUGAAUGUGACACCGUUAUUGAUAUCAGCAUCUGUAUUCCAGAUUACAUCCUUGAUGGAAUAUUGUCUGAAUUUCUACAUUUACAAUUUGAACGACAUAAUAAAAUAUACAACGGAUUUUGGAAACCUUGACAAUGAAGUAAUUACAAGAUUAGCUGGGAUGCUAUCUAAUGUUGAGUUGAGUCGUGUACAGGAUGAAUCAGACAAAAUCAUCUCUAGACUUUAUUGUGAGAUGAUAAUGUCCUUAGCGCAAUCAAAACCUGAGCCAAGCAGAGGCCAUUUUGUUACAUUUUCUCUGGUUUACAAAUGUACUAUUUGUAACAAGAUUAUUCUGAAAGAACAUUCCAACAAUAUAAACUGCCUGCCAGAACAACAUGGGAUCGAUUACAAAGGAAAUGUUAUAAUUAACCACAAGAUUGAUACUGGUUGGAACAUCACCAAGUAUGUAAAGAACCUGAUGAAAAAAUAUGGAAGUUGGGAGAUGGUGUAUUGGAAUAUGUGGGCGGAAUGUCACUUCCUCAAAUGCAAUAGGUGCAACGGAUAUUAUUCAGUAAAAUAUAGUAAACAGUGCGUGACACAUACGAAAAAUAUAAUUUACAAAUCUCUGAGCAAUAAUGUAGUGUCUCCUGAAGGUAUCUAUCCAUGCUGUGGGGCAAAAGUUUACAAGUUUGAUAUUGGCUUAUUGCAAAAGUAUAAUGGAUGUAAGAACAUUAGUCACUCGCCAUCUUUAGAAGUGGAUAGAAGCUACAGUGAUAUACAGAAGAUUUACAAAAGUAUGAAAUCCAUCAUUUCCACCAGAGUCGAUAAAGUUAAGAGCAACACACACGAGAAUCCCACAAAGUUGAUUAAAAAGUCAAGAGUUCUUCCAAAUAAUUUAAUUAAUUUACAAUCACAGACUGAAUCUCAAGGGGUUGGACUUUUGGAUAAGAACUUACUCAAAGUGAAAAGCUACAAAAGCUCUCCUGUUAAAGGUUGGCAGGACUGCCAAGAAUCAAAAACCGGCCCCUCGUGUUUCAGGGUUUCUUCAGAAGAAAGUGUGUCUGAUUAUUCUGUUGCACAAGAUAAACAACAGAAAAGGAGAUCAUUGUGUCCUCGAACUGGUAGAAAACUCACAAGCAAAGAUGUUGGGACGUUGGACCUGACUUCUUCUAGAGGCUUGGAUGAAGGAGAUUCCAGUACAUCCUUAUCUGUUGAGGAGGAGCCCAAAGUAGUUCAGAGGUAUAAAAAAGAACAAGAAACUGUGCUGCAGAGCAUACUUGAAAGUGGAUUAAUUUCAGUGAAAACUGUGGACAAGAUUGAAAGAAAACUGAAGAAAAGUCUGAAUGAAAUAAAAUCGUCUUUGAAAAUGAAUCAAGACAAUUUGCGAGAUUAUGAAGAUAGACUGAAUGCUGAAGUUAAUAGUCUGCUGUGUCAGCGAACGAACAGUACAAGCGCUUGUCUUCUAGAUAGUUUUCCACAUGUUAACCUUCGUACAGUAGUCAAGAACAAUACAAUUCAAAGCAGUGUUUUUGAGAUUGGUGAUAGGUCUACAAAUGUACACUCUUCAGAUUCUGAAAUCUCAGUAGGCAGUUCAGUCAAGACUUACUGCAGCACUAUAAGUAGCUCAACAAGGAUAUAUCACUCUAGAACAAGCAACGUUUGGAACAGUUUUGAACCCCUGGCAGGCAGCUUUGUAAGGGUGGAAGCUGAAUGGCAGGACACUUUUAAUGCAAAUAUGCCACCAAGAACCAAAGCUGGCAAAAAACAAGAUGAUUCUGUUUACAUCAAUUGUCUUGACGUUAGAGCACUGUCUAUUAUGGAUAACAAGAGAGAAAUUAGUAGACGGAAAACAUCUAAAACGAAAUCGGUGAGUGGCAAUUCGAUGAGAAGAUCUUGGAAAGCGUUGGCACCGAAAUCGAAAAUAUCAGAGAUCGAAUCUUAUCUGUCUACUACAGUGCUUCCCACAAGACAGCACUCACUAGUCAAUACAACAAACGUGGCAGCGUCAAAAAUGGACCAACUGAUGACUCCACCUUGUGAGGGUAAGCACAACAUGGCUUUCACGUGUGGUUUCACAAGUUUAGUAAAUUACGACUCCUUAAAUGCUAGAAAUAUCACAAAAGAAAGCGACUAUGUGAAUCCAAUUUGGAUUUAUGACAAGAGAUACAAAGAACUAGAUUACCUGUCAUGCAUCUACAUGCCUAUUCCAUUUCAAAAAGAUUACGACGCGGUGAAAGGAGUUGACUGGCAGAGACUGAGGAUUUUGGAACACGAGUGGAAAAGUUUUCUAAAGUUCAUGAAAGUUGACGAGAAUUUCGAACGAUCCUUUCACCACUCUGCAAUCAAGCCAUAUUACAAUACUUAUCGCAUAGAAAAGAAAAGAAAAAAUAGAUAAGUAUAAUUCAGCAGUCACAUGAAAUGAAAUAUGGACAAGGCUAGAGUCUAGACCAGAAUCCAAUUAUUUUAUGAUGAAAUAACCAACAGCUUCUAAUCAAACUAUCCUAUUUUUCAUUUGUGUUUGUAUAUUGUUAAGAAUAUUAAAGCGUUCAUGUCACGAAUGAAGUAUCGAACUUUGCUUAUUGAUGUUUCCAUUGAUUUAUGUUUACCUUAUUGAAUUGAAUCUGAGACAUAUUUAAUUGAAUUGUGUAUAUAAUACCACAAUAAUUUGAGUCGAAUCAUGGUAAUAAUAUUCAGAACAAUGUCAUUUGAGACCAGUGGGCUGUAACAAAAUAUUCAACAUAAACGUUUUCAAAAAUAUGUAUAAGAGUUGAAAAAUGAUCAUGGGAAGUAUGAUUAUUGCCAAGAAUUUUCUAGCUCCAGACUCACGGAAGAAUACUUCUA